CCUGCUCCUCAGCCCUCUGCCACCACUCCCGGCGACUCGCUCACCUGUCAGUGGCAGAAUUGCGGCGAGCACUGCCCAACGCCCCAGGCCCUCUAUGUAUGUUAAUGUUUUUUUUUUUUUUUUUUUUGUUAUCGUUAUUGCGCGCCCAAGCGCCCUGCUGACCGUCGACCGCCAGGAUCAUGUGUGCGAGCGCCAUGUCGGCCGCAAGAGCACCAACAACCUCUGCCUGCAGUGCCAGUGGGGCAGCUGUCGCACCCAGACGGUCAAGCGCGACCACAUCACUUCGCACAUUCGUGUGCAUAUGCCGCUCAAGCCGCACAAGUGCGAGAUCUGCACCAAAGCAUUCAAGCGACCGCAGGAUCUGAAAAAGCACGUGAAGACUCAUGCCGACGACUCCGUCCUGCUGCGCUCUCCCGAGCCCAACCGCGCCACGCACGGUUCCUCCGGAGGCGGGUAUGCCGGCCAAGCCGGAAAACAUGUUGCUGACCUGCAGGCUCUUGCCGGAGCUGCGAGCGGCUUCUACCAGGAUGGCAUGGCUCCCAACUCGGGUUACGGCCAGCCUUACUCGGGCGCCCACGCCGGCUCAUUUGCCAGCAGCGCUCCCUCCAGCUCGGCCUACGGCCCCGUCUACUACCAGGUCAACAACCCCAACCCCAUGCACAGCGAUUACGCCUCGCGCGAAGCAACCAAGGCCCUCAUCCACCAGACGCUCAACGAGUUCUUCUACGAUGUCAAGCGCCGCGCCAUCGACCCUACCUCCUACUACGACGUGGGCCAGCGCCUAGUCAGCAUCCAAGGCCAGCUUCCCCUGCUCUCCGGCUAUGGCGGCGAGUACCAGUCCGCGCCCGCCAUGGUCUCUCCCACCGGCCAGGGCCCCUCUCCGCAGCACCACUACUCCCUGCCCAUGCCCAUGUCUAGCUUGAGGACCAAGACCGAUCUCAUGGACAUUGACAAGGCCCUCGAGACGCUGCAGACGACCAUCUACGAGAACCCCCAGCAGGUCGCGGCCGCCGGAGCGGGUCAACCGGGCGCUCAUUACAUCCACUCGGGUCUCAACUACCGUUCCAGCAAUUCUCCUCCCGGCGCCCACACGACGCAGCCCCAAACCUCGCACGCGACGGCCCUGGCGCCGCCCCCGGCUCCGCAAAACGAGACGCCCGCCCUCACCCCUGCCUCCAGCGUCAUGUCGUACACGGCUGGCCAGUCACCCGGAUCGGUCAAUUCCUCCAAUACCAUCUCUCCCGUUACCCGGCCAAACAUCAGCAUGUAUCCCACGCUACCCUCCGUCAGUGCCAUGUCGGACUCAACGGGCAACUACACCGCCACCAGCAGCGCGCCCAACCUCGCUCCCUUCGACUCGGACGGUCGUCGCAGGUGGUCCGGCAACCAGCUGCAAAAGGCCCGACCCUCGUCCGACGAAAACGCCAUGGACAUCUCCGAGGACAACACGACGCCCGGCGCCUCGCGCCGCGGUUCCGCCGAUCGCGAUGGUCUGCCCAAGGACGUCAACCGGCUCGCUCUGGCAUCGCCAACGCCGCUCGAUCCCUCGCUGCGCUCGCCAGGCGAUCAAUCGGAAGCCUCGGCGGAACAGGUCACGGACCGUGACAAUGAGGCGUGGGUGCAGAACAUGCGCAUGAUCGAGGAGCUACGCGCCUUCAUCAAGGAACGGCUCGAGCACGGCGAGUUUGAGGUCGACGCGACCAAGGUGGAGGAGCACGAGCAUCAUCACUCUGGACCGUCGAUGUCGGAAGAGGAGCGUAGCCUAUAUCCGGUGUUGAGGGCAGUACAGGACGGCGAGUAGUUUUCACAUGAUGAAUCCACAUCCGCAGGCACGAUGGACACGCAUGUAUGAUGAGGUUUCUUAACCUGCGCGCGGGUGCGCGCGGGA